AGGCGGGGGAAGUGAUCGCGCAGAGCGAGGCUGCAGCGGGCAGUGCGGGGACGCAGGAGCCGGCAGCCAGGCGCAGGGAGUACAUGUUACUAUGGCAAUGACUGCAGGGACUACAACAUCCUUUCCCAUGAGCAACCACACCCGGGAGAGAGUGACUGUGGCCAAACUUACACUGGAGAACUUCUACAGCAACCUAAUUUUACAGCAUGAAGAGAGAGAAACCAGGCAGAAAAAGCUAGAAGUGGCCAUGGAAGAAGAAGGUCUGGCAGAUGAAGAGAAAAAACUACGUCGGUCACAGCAUGCACGCAAAGAAACAGAAUUCCUGCGACUGAAGAGGACUAGGCUUGGCUUAGAUGACUUUGAAUCGCUGAAAGUUAUAGGAAGAGGAGCAUUUGGGGAAGUACGCCUCGUCCAGAAGAAAGAUACGGGUCAUAUUUAUGCAAUGAAGAUAUUGAGAAAAGCUGAUAUGCUGGAAAAAGAGCAGGUGGCCCAUAUCAGAGCAGAAAGAGAUAUAUUGGUCGAAGCGGAUGGUGCUUGGGUGGUGAAAAUGUUUUAUAGUUUUCAAGAUAAAAGGAAUCUUUACCUGAUCAUGGAGUUCCUACCUGGAGGUGAUAUGAUGACCUUACUUAUGAAGAAAGACACUUUAACAGAAGAGGAAACACAAUUUUACAUUUCUGAAACUGUGCUGGCCAUAGAUGCCAUCCAUCAGCUGGGAUUCAUCCAUAGAGAUAUUAAACCAGAUAACCUCUUGCUGGAUGCCAAGGGUCAUGUGAAGCUAUCUGAUUUUGGACUAUGCACUGGUUUAAAGAAAGCUCAUCGAACUGAAUUCUACAGGAACCUUACACACAAUCCACCAAGUGACUUUUCAUUUCAGAAUAUGAACUCAAAGAGAAAAGCAGAGACGUGGAAGAAGAACAGACGACAGCUGGCAUACUCUACGGUUGGGACCCCAGAUUAUAUUGCUCCAGAAGUAUUCAUGCAGACUGGGUACAACAAGUUGUGUGACUGGUGGUCUUUGGGAGUGAUUAUGUAUGAAAUGCUAAUAGGGUAUCCACCUUUCUGCUCUGAAACGCCACAAGAAACGUAUAGGAAAGUUAUGAACUGGAAAGAAACGUUGGUAUUUCCUCCAGAGGUGCCCAUUUCAGAGAAAGCAAAGGACUUAAUUCUAAGAUUUUGUAUUGAUUCGGAAAAUAGAAUUGGUAGUAAUGGAGUAGAGGAAAUAAAGGAUCAUCCAUUUUUUGAAGAAGUUGACUGGGGACAUAUCAGGGAGAGGCCAGCUGCAAUCCCUAUAGAAAUCAAAAGUAUUGAUGACACUUCCAAUUUCGAUGAAUUUCCUGAAUCUGAUAUUUUACAGCCAGUGCCAAAUACCACAGAACCUGACUACAAAUCCAAAGACUGGGUUUUCCUCAAUUAUACCUACAAGAGGUUUGAAGGGCUUACACAGCGUGGCUCUAUCCCUUCCUACAUGAAAGCUGGGAAGUUGUGAA